AUGGCCUUCUUAAGCAGUGAUAAUAAAGACAUAGCCCAGCCAAUGGAACUUUCUCUCUUUGCUUCACCCACUAAUCAAGUAGCAGUCGAAAAAGUGUAUUUUACUGAAGCCAGACCGAUUUCCAGUAUUGGAGUGUCAGAUACCCCCAUAGAAAUAGUUGUUUCUGGAUCGGGAGCGGAAUAUAUCGAUUUAAAAAGAAGUCGAUUGUAUGUAAAAGCCAGAAUUUUAAAAGCGGAUGGUUCCUCAUUAGCGGCCAAUGAGAAGACUGGAAUUGUGAAUCUACCAUUGCAAAGCAUGUUUUCUCAGAUGGAUGUCUACUUAAAUAAUAAGUUGGUUUCCUUUAAUACGAAUAAUUAUCCUUGGAAGGCAUACCUGAAAACAGUCUUGUUUGGUGGAAAAGAGGAAUUAUCUUCCCAAAAGCAGUCCCAGUUGUUUUUUAAGGACGAAGGAAAUUUGGGUGACGCGAACGCCUACAAUGGUGGCAAUGCUGGACUAGUCCUGCGCUAUGGCUACACACAGGAAAGUAAAGUAUUUGAACUGGAGGCACAGAGCACCCCGGCUUACAGACUGGAAUUACUAGAUGUCGUGUACAAGGUGGCCAAAGUGCGAGUAGAUCCUGGUGUUCUAUUGAACCACAGCAAGCAGAUAGAAUCUACCCCUGUAAAAUACACCAUCUCAAGAAAUGAAUUGAAAAUGAACACCAUUCCUAAAGGAUCUACUGAAUUUUACUGGGACAACAUUUUUCCUCAGGCAGUACCCGACCGCAUCGUUGUAGGAUUGGUAGAUCAGAAAGCUGUAAAUGGGGAUUACACAACCAAUCCGUUUAAUUUCGAGCAUUUUGGUGUAACGGAUGUAGGGAUAUACGUAAACGGAGAAAGCGUCCCAGGAAGACCCUUAAAAACCGAUUUCACGACAGGGCAUUAUUCAACAGCAUAUGCUCGACUGUUUGAGGCCUCUGGAAAAUGGAGUCAAGACGCCGGUCUAGUAAUUACUCGAGAGAACUUUGGAAGUGGAUAUUCUCUGUUUGUCUUUACCCUAGAUCCCUGCGGUUUUGGUGAAGAAUAUUUAAACCUGAUUCGAAGAGGAAACACCAGACUUGAACUAAAGUUCAAACAAGCAACAGCAAAAGCUGCCAACGUUUUGGUGUUUGCCACCUUUUCCUCUCUACUAGAAGUGGACAAGUCCCGGGACAUCAAUUACAUUCAACCAUGA